CCCAGCCCAGCCCAGCCCAGCCCAGCCCCGCCCAGCCCAGCCCAAACCAACCCAACCCAACCCAACCCAACCCAACCCAACCCAACGCAACCCAACCCAAGCCAAGCCAAGCGAAGCCAACCCAACUCAACCCCAACCCCAAACCGAACCCCAACCCCAAACCUUACCCCAAACCCAACCCCAAACCCAACCCCAAACCCAACCCCAAACCCAACCCCGACCCCGACCCCGACCCCGACCCCGACCCCGACCCCGACCCCGACCCCGACCCCGACCCCGACCCCGACCCCGACCCCGACCCCGACCCCGACCCCGACCCCGACCCCGACCCCGACCCCGACCCCGACCCCGACCCCGACCCCGACCCCGACCCCGAUCCCGACCCCGACCCCGACACCGACCCCGACCCCGACACCGACCCCGACCCCGACCCAGACCCCGACCCCGACCCUGACCCCGACCCGACCCCGACCCCGACCCCGACCCGACCCCGACCCCAACCCCGACCCCGACCUGACCCGACACUGACCUAA